CGGCCCGGCGGCUCCUCCUCUCGCCACCCCUCCCCUUUCCCAGGCUCCUCUCCAGGUAAACAGCGAUGGCCGCCGAGGAAGGAGGUGGCGGACACCGUAACAUGGGGAACCACCUGCAGCUGGUGCCUGCAGAGAGCGAGGAAGAGGAUGACAACGAGAUGGAAGUUGAAGACCAAGAUGGUAAAGAAGCCGAAAAGCCAAACAUGAUUAAUUUUGACACCAGUUUGCCAACGUCACACGUGUAUUUAGGUUCUGAUAUGGAAGAGUUUCACGGGAGAACACUGCACGAUGAUGACAGCUGUCAGGUGAUUCCAGUGUUGCCCCACGUGAUGGUGAUGUUGAUUCCUGGACAGACGUUACCUCUUCAGCUUUUUCACCCCCAAGAGGUUAGCAUGGUGCGGAAUUUAAUUCAGAAAGACAGAACAUUUGCUGUUCUUGCAUACAGUAACGUACGUGAAAGGGAAGCACAUUUUGGAACAACAGCAGAAAUAUAUGCCUACAGAGAAGAGCAGGAAUAUGGAAUUGAAACAGUCAAAGUAAAAGCAAUAGGAAGACAGAGAUUCAAGGUGCUUGAAAUACGAACCCAGUCAGACGGAAUCCAACAGGCUAAAGUACAAAUCCUUCCUGAGCGAGUGCUGCCUUCAGCAAUGGCAGCAGUGCAGCUGCAGUCUCUCAGCCGACGUCAUGUAUUUCCUUCUUCAAAACCCACAGCGUGGCAGGAUCGAGCUUUCCGUCAGUGGUGGCAGAAGUAUCAGAAGAGGAAGUUUUACUGUGCCAGUCUGACGUCUUGGCCUCCCUGGCUCUACUCUCUGUAUGAUGCUGAAACCUUGAUGGAAAGAGUCAAGAGGCAGCUACACGAAUGGGAUGAAAAUCUUAAAGACGAGUCUCUUCCAACAAACCCGAUAGAUUUUUCUUACAGAGUUGCUGCUUGCCUGCCAAUUGAUGAUGCCUUACGCAUACAGUUGCUUAAAAUAGGUAGUGCUAUUCAGCGACUCCGGUGUGAAUUAGAUAUUAUGAACAAAUGUACAUCUCUCUGUUGUAAGCAAUGCCAAGAUACAGAAAUAACAACCAAGAAUGAAAUAUUCAGUUUAUCCUUAUGCGGACCCAUGGCAGCGUAUGUGAAUCCUCAUGGUUACAUCCAUGAAACCCUUACUGUAUAUAAAGCCUGCAAUUUGAAUCUCAGUGGACGACCAUCAACAGAACACAGCUGGUUUCCUGGGUACGCCUGGACUAUAGCGCAGUGCAGAAUCUGUGGGAGCCAUAUGGGCUGGAAGUUCACAGCUACCAAAAAGGAUAUGUCACCACAGAAAUUCUGGGGAUUGACACGGUCUGCUCUCCUGCCUCGAAUUCCAGAAGCAGAGGACGAGUUGGGCCACGACAGAUCUCCAUUACUCUGCCUGUAAUCCAGUACCCUGCUUUGGAGAUGAACAGGGAGUACUCUGUCUCUUAGAUACAUCCGCUUAGUUCUGCUUUUGAUGCUCACUUAAAAACCAACAAGAACUCGCAGCCCAGAACGCUUUGCCUUCAGUGUGCAGCACGUUACGUUGUUUCAGACACGCUGAGGACUGAAGGUUGAUUCUUAAGAAUGACAGCUGUGGAGAGAAGGUGGCACGAGAUGCCAGGAAAUCAGUUCAUUUGGACAGACUUGACUCUGAACUUUCUACUUCCUCUGAACUUUCAUUUCAGGAAAUGUUUGCUGCUAUCAGCCUGCAGUGAAAGAAAUAGAGUAUAAUUAUGCAACGUAUGAUGUUAGAUACUAGUAUCUCAUUGCAGGAUAUUUCCCUUACUUAAAAUGUGUUUACGAUGACGAUUCCUGUUUCUAACUAUGUGGAAUACUUGCAGUUUUAGUCUCGUGAUGUUCAUGAAAUAAUAACCAUCAAAGAGAGUACAAGGCUGAAGGAUUCUGUGUUGGUGAUGUCAGUAGCAGUGGUGUAAAUGGCAGAGCUGACUGCUGGGUGCAGCUAGAACAAGCAUGCCAGAAAAUUCCCUUUGAAACGAGCUUAUAUAAAGUAUUUGUUCCUUAGAAGUUCUCUGGUGUAUUGAGCAUUUCUGACUUGUCUUUUAAAUCUUAAAUUAUUUAUACAGAAUACACUGAUCAGUUCCAGGAGAUGAAACACA